GACAAUAUGGAUGUCUCUACACAACAGUGUGAAGGGCACAUGAAUUUGUGGAUCCCACAGGAUGCCAUCAGGGGAGAAGAACCAGAUAAGAAGCCUACAAUGAAUAAAGUAGCGAGUAUAGUGACCCGAGUUAUGAAUCGACUCGUCCACUCGAGAAGAAUGAUUCCGCGAAGUCUCAAAAUACACACAGUGGUUUUUUUCAAGAGUUUACGAGAAAGUAAGGACGACGUGAUAUGGCGGGCGGCGAAUGCAGAUACUAGCUGCUACCUAGCCCUAGCUAGCAAGCAACUUGGAUGGAGGAAGGACUCCCAGGGACCCUCCUCAACCCAGCCCUGUCUUGUCUCUGACUCAGUCUCCGACUCCGAGUGACGAGUCUCUCUCUCUCUCUGGGGUCAGUAGCUGUUGUGUUAGGGUGGAAGGUGGACGCAGAAAUUUCAACGCUCCUUCAGUUUACGUGUGAAGAUGUUGGUGGCUGUCAUUUUUUUGGUACUGCAGGCACAAUGGACGACGAGCGAAAACCUGGUGGGGGGCACCAUCAGCGAAAAGGGCAGAUCGCUGCUGGCGCCCCCUCAGCCGGGCAUGAUGCCCCAGCUGGUCACCCUGGACGUGAAGUGCGCUCGCUCGGGCAUGACGGUCCUCCUCGAGUUCGACAGGGAGUUCCCCGGAGUGAUCUACUCCAAGGGCCACUUCUACGACCCCAGGUGCAAUUACGUCACUAUAGAGAGGUCCGGGCGGAGGCAGUUCACGUUUGACGUGCCUAUAGACGGCUGCGGGACCGUAAGCCAAGUGGAGGGAUCCGUCAGGGACAAGGAGAGCUACUUUGAGAACACCAUCAUCAUCCAGAACGACGCCCUUAUCCAGGAGGAGUGGGACAUGGCCCGGAACAUCCGGUGCACUUGGCAGCACAUCAUCCAGAAGAGCGUCUCGUCCAUACCGUUCAAGGUUUACGAACCGAUGAAGGUUCCCGUGCAGCUCGACAAACGUUCGGUGAACACUCUCAUGGAAAUCCAGGAAGGCACCGGACCUUUUUCAAGCCCGGCCACCGGCUAUGUCUACAUGGGCGAUGACACUUCAAUCGUCAUAUACGUGCAAGACCCUGACCGUGAAUUCGAUGCCAACGUCAUCUCUUGCAACGCAAGCUCAGCCGGAGGAACCAAAGUGGAGCUCCUCGACUCCAGAGGAUGCCUCGUGAGGCCUGAUCUCCUGACUCAAUUCGCCAAGACUAGGAAGAGUAACGGUGUCCAGGCUGACCUCAUGCUCUAUUCGUAUCUCAAGGCCUUCAAAAUCGGCGAAAGCCCCGAGUUCGUAAUAUCCUGCCACUUGGAGGUGUGUGAGGGCGAGUGCUCGGAACCCUGCAGCGGAGGUCCUUUCCCAACCAGGAGGAAAAGGCAGGCAGAUGGCGAGGAAAAGCCAUCAGCUGUUGUGGAACUUCAGAGGGGCGUUGUAGUUGUCUCCAGAGAGCAGUUGCAAGAAAACAGUAUAGGCUGCUGGAUCACAACAAGUAUGCUCGUCGGAUUAGUGACUCUGCUCUCGGUCGUCCUGUUCUUGUCAACCCUCUCCUGUUUCUUGGUGUUCCAGCUGAAGAGCUUGAGAUACAAACUACGGGAAAAGCAACCCCUUUGAUGUGUGAAACAACCACCAUUUUUUGUCAGAAACGACAGCAGCGCUAUUCCAGUAACCGACGCGGACUUCUGUAAAGCAGCAUAUCCUUUGUGGCAUCGUGGCAUGUCGCUGGAGUGCCCAACUUUUCGGCCACAUGUUCCACACUUCUUGUAAAUUUCUUCGUCGUAAUUUAGGGUUCUCCUUCUUUUCAACAUGUGGAGAUUCUAUUUACUUUCGUAUAUACAGGUUAUAUACAUUUUUUUUUUUACAUUUUCACACUUUUAUAUUAACAUUUCCAUUGAUUUUUUUUUUUAUUCAAACUUGCUAGGGUAAGUUUCAUGGUAUUUCUGAAAACAUUUGGGCAGGUUCCCUUUUGUAUGAAAAGAGAAAUAAAAAAAUCACGUUCUUAUAAUAA